AUGCCGUCGACUGCAUUUGAGUCGGGCGAUAAAGUGGACGGUGUAAAGCAAUUUAAGGCUGUUAUAUUAAUUGGAGGUCCUUUCAAAGGUACGCGGUUUCGACCCCUCUCCUUGGAAUUGCCGAAACCGUUAUUUCCUAUCGCCGGCUUUCCAGUUAUUUAUCAUCACAUUGAGGCUUUUUCGAAACUUCCAGGAUUACAGGAAAUUAUACUUCUAGGAUUUUAUCAACCUCACGAAUCGCUGAGCCAACUGAUCAGCAGUACACAGCGAGAGUUUAAUGUUACCGUUAGGUAUUUGCAAGAGUUCACUGCACUCGGGACUGCUGGCGGAAUUUAUCAGUUUCGAGAUCAGCUGCUCUCCGGAUCACCCGAUCUGUUGUUCGUAAUGAACGGUGAUGUCUGUUGCGAUUUGCCCCUAGAAGGAAUGCUGGAAUUCCACGCUAGCCUAGGCUCCGGUGACCGGUUUGUGGUUAUGGCUACCGAGGCUACCCGCCAGCAAUCGAUGAAGUUCGGUUGCAUCGUCGAGAACCCAGAAACCCAUGAAAUCAUGCACUAUGCAGAGAAACCGGCUACAUUCGUCAGCACUACUAUCAACUGUGGAGUCUACCUAUUUACUCCUGGUAUUUUCAAGUUUAUUCGCAUUGCCUUUCUACAAAACCAGAAUCGGAUGAAUUACGACUUACGACCCCAGUGCAUAGUAGGUGCAUCCCACUUGGAUACUCGAAUUUGUCAAGCCGCUUCCUGUCAAAUCAAAUUCGCCGGCGCUGUCAUCUAUGCAAAUCGUCACAUUCUGUCUCUGUACGAACGCUCUCAUCCACACCGACUGGCUCGUUCGUCUGUGCGCAAUUCUACCGCACUGAACCCUCUUGGCGGUGACGGCCUCCUCCCACCUGCUGCUCCUGUAGCCACACUGAACGGCGAGACUCCUACGGAUACCUCCGGUCCGACCAUCAUCGGCCAUGUAUUCAUUCACUCCACGGCAACAGUUGACCGAACAGCUGUGCUCGGUCCGAAUGUGAGCAUAAGCGAGGGUGCCAUCAUACGCGGGGGUGUUCGAUUGCGUGAUUGCAUCGUGCUACGUUAUGCGGAGAUUCGUGAACAUGCAUGCUGCCUGAACGCGGUUAUCGGUUGGAACGCUAUCGUUGGUCAGUGGGCCCGUGUUGAAGGCACUCCAAAUGACCCGAAUCCAGACAAACCUUUCACCAAGUUGGAUGUUUUACCGGUCUUCAAUACGAAAGGCCAGCUGAACCCAUCCAUCACCGUCAUCGGCUCCAACGUGGAAGUCCCGGCGGAGAUCAUCGUGCUCAAUUGUAUCGUUCUUCCGUACAAAGAGCUGGUGCAUAGCUCAAAAAAUCAAAUCAUUCUGUGA